AUGUGCAUCAAUCAGUCAGUCAGUAACAACGUGGAACUUCGUACUUUGGUCGCAAUUCAGACAAUGGAAGCUACUAAUCUCUUAUCAACUUUGGAACUUCUGUGUGCACCCAAAAAGCUUGAUCGUGAGAAAGGCGAAGAUCAGCUCAAUAACAUAUCACUGACAUCUGACGAAGUAAAGUUGGUGUCAAGUUGGAUAGAAGAAAAGUUGGAAGGACUGUCUAAAUGGGAAGAUGUCUUUGGUGGGAUCACUGCAGCUAUCAUUCUACUUCGGAUUGUCGAUUAUCGAUCUCUGGUCAAUGUUGGUAUUGUAGGUAAAUUAGAAGAUCAAGCAGUUGAAUGUCAUGAUAACCCUGAAUUCCGUGUACGGAUAGCUGCAGGUCAACUUAUGGGUUCCCUCUGUCGACAUGCUGGAUUGUCUUUAUUUAUUCGGUACUUACCCACUGUAAUCCAGGGUGUCGUCACUAAUUUAGAAAGAAAUACUGAAGCACCUGUAUCUGAAGCUGAGUUAUCUCUUCGAGAACUCAACUUAGCUACGGAACACAGUACUAAUUUGAGCAGCAGUUCUCUAUCUAUUUUUCAUGAUACAGCAGGUUGGAAAAAUUUGGAAACAUGGAUGAAGUGUUUACAGGAAAUGGUUUCGAAUCUUCCAUCCAAGGACUUCAUUAAAGUGGAUAGAACUACUAUUUUGGAACUUACUUUCAAAGCUGUUCAGCACGUCAAUCGUUUUGUUCGUGAAACAGGUUAUGAUGUUUUAUCAACAAUGAUUUCUCGUCAUUUAUGUUAUACGGAGCCAGAAGCAAAGGAAGCAACUUAUAUCAACGUUGCAACACAACUUGCCAAGGGUUUAUCAGAUAAUUGGAGUCAAGUCCGUAUGGCUGCUUCCAGAGCAGUACGAACUCUUUUUGAGGUUGAUCCUCCCCCUGGAUAUACGAGAGAUGAUAUUUACCCUAUUCUUUUACCAGCUAUGUGUUUAAACAGAUAUUACGUUGCUGAAGGCGUCAGGAUUUAUAGUCAAGAUACUUGGUGUCGCGUUACUCAAGGAGAAGGUCGAAAGUUACUUGGUCAAUAUUUAGUUUCAGCUGUCGAUUAUUACAUUCAACAAAGUGAUGCCGAUAAUCAUGCGGUUCGUGAGGCUUCUUGUGCGUCUAUGGCUGAGAUUGUAACUAAAUUAGAUUCAAAUUUGCUACUACCGUGUGUCAGUAAAUUGCUCGAUGCCUUAAUUGUAUGCUUUGGAGAUGAAAGUUGGCCAGUUAGAGAUGCAGCCUGUGUUGCACUCGGUUCAUUGAUUUCCACCUUUCCAAAUGAGACACGCGCGGCUGGCUACGAUAAUUUAAUGGCUGCACAAUUCUUACGAAACCUUAGUGAUAGUAUUCCAUCAGUCCGUGAUGGUGCAGCUAAAUCGAUUGCUUCGAUUUUAAAGUCAGUUGGUGAUCAAAAUUUAUUCCAACAUUAUAUCAAUCAUAUCAUAGAGAAAAUUGAUGGACUAAGCAAACAGCCUAAAGAAUCUCAUGGUGCAGAAUCUAGUCGUGUAUCUGGGAAAGGCCCAGGAGCUUCUCAUGUUACCGUUCACAGUGGAGAUGCUGCUCAUGAUAGUCGUCAUACUGAUCAAGUUAUGUAUUCCUGUGGAUCCUUGGCCCCGAAGCUUCAAAAAGGUCGAAAAGGUGGCGGUUGUCAUGAUGGUCUUCAUCAACGUGCCAGUGAACCUUGGGAAGAGGCUGAUGGCGCAAUUCGCUUGAUUGGUCAAAUAUCAGACAAGUUUCCAAACCGAGUCACUGAUGAUUUGAUUGAACAACUAUUGAAGGGUUGUGAACAUCGAAAUUAUACCCAUUAUCCUUAUUUCUUAGAAACUGCUUGCGAUGUAAUUGUACAGCUGUGUAAUCAUCUCGAAAAACCUCAAUUUAAAAAAUAUAUGGAUGCGUUUCUGGAAGUAUUGGCAACCGCAGUAGAAAGCAAAUUACCGCUGGCUGUUAAUGCUGCAUCGGAAUGCCUUAAAUCUAUAGGAAAUCGUUUUGGUCCAAGCGUGCUACGUGGUCGAAUUGAAAGUCAUAUUAAUGCAUUUGUUUCUGAAAACCUAGUUGAUUUAUUACCUCCUGUGUAA